ACUCGCGCCAUGGCCGCCGCCGCGUUGGGUGACGUUGAUGAUCUCGACUUCGACCUGGGUUUUAUGGACGGGCUCGAGUGCUUCGACUUCGAGUUCGACCUGCCGGACAUGGGCCUCACCGAGUUGUGCCACGGCGGCGACGGCGAGUGCUUGCUGCCCGCCGUGGCCGAUAAGGAGGGCGGUUUGGGUUUGGAUCUGGGUUCUCGUGAUGGUGGCGACGGCGGGAGAGAGAGCUCGCCGGACUCCGUGGUGACGGACGACGGCGCGCCGCCUCUGUCGUUAGAGUCGUCUGGGGAUCGCGACGAUGGCGAGAUGUCGGCCUACGUGGGCGACCUGGAGAGGUUCCUCAUGGAGAGCGAGGAUGACGCCGAGGCCGGCGGGCCGUUCGCGGCCAAGGGGCUUGCCGCCAACGACCACUUGUUCGACGAUCUCGCUGUUGCGGACGACGGUUACGUCGAGCCGUCCACUGCAGCGGAAGAGUUUGCCGCCGCCGGCUACUACUACUUCGGUGAUCUCGACGACGGUUACGCGGAGCCGGCGACUCCAGGGAAGGAUCUCGUCCUCGACGACUACUUGUUCGGCGAUCCCGUUGUUGCGGGCGACGGUUACAUCGAGCCGUACACUGCAGGGGAGGAUCUGGUCUCCCACGACUACUUCUACGAUGUUGCUGCUGUGGACGAUGCUGCUCGCGAGGACGACGACGAAGCGACCUCGAGGAAGCGUGCAAGGCAGAGGAAGGGCGCCGCUGCGGUGCCACGUGAAGCAGAGCUCCGGGGAACGCCGGUGAUGCAUGCCAUCUCGUCGAUCUCGACUGGAAACGGGUGCCGCCCCAUUGGUCACCAUUGGCUGCAUCCCUGCGCCACAGUGUGCCUAUUGGCCUGAUCAAUCAUCGAUCAACCUGCAGUUCCGGUCGGUCUGGGAGAAAGAUCGCGACGGCGCAUGCCUCAGGUAUUCGAACCGGUAGGUGAAAAUUUCAGAGGAACAUUUCCCCGUGUUCUUCUAUGAUAUUUUCUGCCUUUCACACCAACCCGGCCAUUGGACGAUUAUAAAGUCAUGGGACGAACUAUAAACAACACAUACUCCUCUGUUCGGAGUAGAAAAGUUUGGUAGCAACUCUCGAACAACACGUUUUCAAAAAAAAAAGUAAGCUUAGUUUUAUAAUGUACACCUAAUAUUCCUCUUCUUGUACACAUACAUCCCGUGCGCAUUCCGGAUGUUGGUAGCAUAAUUCGUUGAGUAUCUGCCUGGUACAGCCAUUUCAUCACCAGUGCUAAUCAACCAUGCAAACAUGUUUGAUCCUUAGUAGUUUCUACCACUACCAGUAAAGAGCUUAGUGGUUGAUAUACAUUUAGAAGUACAAGAAACCUUCUACCAGGUAGAGCAUGUCAGAUUUUUGUUCUCGACCGUCCAGAAUUUUUUUUCUCUGAAAAUCCAGUGAGCACCACAAAUCGUCCAGGCUUGCGUUCAUUCAGUAUGGGCCGCUUAUAAUCUUGCUCGUACUGCUACCAGUUAAGGCUUACUGAUUGUUGUACGUUUAGAAUUAAAAGAAACUGCAAAAUACAACACUGGUGCUUGAACUUGUCACGAAUGUGCACUUUAGUGCCUGAACUUGCAAAAUACAUUGAACUGGUUUCACAACUUAGCAUGGACGUGCAUAUACGGUUCAAAUCUUGUUUUUAUACGUCCAUGGCGCUGAUGAGGCACGCCAGGAUGUAAGAGAAAAGGCAUGUGGCCUGUUUUUUUGCAGAAAACCCUCUAGAAUAUAUUUUUUUCUUACAAAAGGCCCUCAAAGAGAAACUGAUAAAUUAAAAAAAAUCUAUUAAUAUAUUAAUAAUUAAAACUGGUCCGGGUUUUGAACCACACGCGCAGGUGUGCAUGGUUAGCCAAUAAGCAAUACACUUUAUAAACUUUAUAAACAUUUAUAAACAUAUUAUAAACAUAAACAUAUUAUAAACUUUAUAAACAUUUAUAAACAUAUUUAUAAGCAAUACCCAUUCAAAUUUAGUGUCAAGAAUGGAUUCAUACACUUUAUAAACAUAAAGCUGAACAACAUAAAUUAAAAAAAUUAUUCCAACAAUACACUGUCAUUGGUUUGAACCUGCAACCAGGGGCUAUAUGGCCGCACAUUCCACUCCAACUGGUGACAUCGAAUGGUAAAACGAUAAAUUUAGGUUUAUAACAUAACGAGCCCGUGUGGCUAAAAUGGACCACAGUGUGGCUCAGUUUUCGACGGGUUUGUUCUUUUUCAUUACAUUUUUCUAAAAAUUACUUAAAUUAUUAUCACGUUACAAAAAAUAUACAUAUAUUUAAAACAAAUUACGUUAAAAUUUCAUAUCAUUUCAUAAAAUACCUAUGCAGUA